AUGAUAAUUUCCCCCUCCCCCCGAAAUCUCAAUGAAUCAAAGAAACCAUCAACCAACUUUGCAAAAGAAUCACCUAAAGAAGACGGUAGUGAAUCUGUAAUAGAUCCAGAUACAUUAGACGAAACAUCGGCAUCAAUGAUUGGCAAUUCUUUAAGUUUAAAUGAUAUGAAAUGUACUACUAAUGACCUUAGUAAUACUACUGAAGUAAACAAACCAAGUGUAAUUACAAUAUUGAGACGAUUAGCAAGAUAUUUAGCUUUACGUAUAGCAAAUAAACGUCAUAGCCUAGCUACGGCAAAUCAACAUGUUGCAAGAAAUGCCAUUGAAGAAAAACUUUUACGAUCUAGAUUAAGUGAAUUAAAUAUUGAUUAUCAUCAUCAUCAUCCGCAUCAUGAUGAUCAUUUAGUGAAUAGUUGGAAUUCAUUUAAUUCAAUGGAUAUAAAUUAUGGUACCAUUGUUAAUCGAUUUGAUCGAUUACAUAAUAAUACAAUUGCUGUAAUACAAUUAUUAUGUCAAUUAGCAAGACGUUUAGCUAUAUUAGAUGGACAAUUAUAUUGUUUAAAUAAAAAUCAAUAUAAUAAUAAUGUAAUAUUAUUAUGUAAUAAUAAUAAUGAUCCAUUAUUACCUUGUAAUCAUUACACAACAUUAAUAAAUGAUACAUCAACAACUAUAUCAAAUCACUUAUUGAAUGAUUUCAAUGAUAAGGAUAAUGAUAAUGACGAUGGGAAUAGUCAAUGUGAAUUAUUACCAACUAUCAAUGUUAAGAUGAUUGACAUGAGAAAACAACAAAAACGCUAA